AUGCCACGUGGCAGAGGAUCCCGUGGAGUCAGAGGAAGACCUCGUGGUAGACCAAGGCUGAUCCAAGAUCAAGUUAUGGAGGACGCUGCUCCAGAUGCUUCAAAUCCAGCACCGGCUCCAGAAGUUCCAGUGGCGGCUCCAGAAGUGGAGAGUCCAGCAGCUCCAGUUGAAGUUGAAGUGGAGGAGGACAUGGAAAUCGUCGUGAAAGCUGUUCCAGAAGUCAGAAACUUCGUCUCCUACAUCAGUUUCAGCAAUGAUUCAUCAGACAUCUCAGACUUCACAAUCAUCGUCGAAAAUCAACGAUUCUACGUUGAUAAGAGAGUUUCAGCUGAAAAUAUCGAGGAUGUCCUAGAGCUUGUUACCAGAUGGAAAGCCCGAUAUGCCAAAUGGGCAUGCGGAGAUUUCAUCAGACGUUGUCCACUAAUCUCUAUCAAGAAGGCCCUCGAGUUGGCUGUACAACACGAACUUAAAGCUGCGAAGACGCUUCUAGUCAGAAAGAUCCAAAGUCUUGCUACACUGGAACAAGUUCGAGAUUCGGAGAUCAUUUUCACUGAUCCAGUGGUCCUCGGGCUACUCUUCAAUAAAGCCAUGGAGUUGGCUGGAGCGGCGCUUCCAGCACGUCUUCAGGAUGGUGUAGAGCAAGUCGCGGAUCGAAAUGGCCAACAAAAUAGAAUCAACCAGAACCACCGAUACAAUGAUCCAAACCAUCCCAGAGCGCCGACACCGCCGCGGCCAAGAAUGCCGACACCGCCGCCACCGUACCAUCCAAGGAUCGAGGACGUCGAGAUGGGCAGUGGGAGAUCGUACUCCAGAUCACCAUCGCCACGUAGACGACACGACCGGAGAUAUUCGUCCUCGGAAAGCACUUUUGACUCUGAAUAG